AUGGAAAGAAAACGACAGCUACAAAGUGGUGGUGGAGAAGCUCGUCUCGUGGCUCGUGUCUCAUUCAACGAAAUCCCGAAGCUCUCAAGGAAAAGAAGCCAGUCGUUCUUGGAUAUCGAUCGAUGUGAUUUGAUGAUGGAUCGAUGUGAUUUGAUGGUGGAUCGAUGCUUGUUCGUGCAGGUGGACCGAUGCUUGUUCGUGCAGGUGGAUCGAUGCUUGUUCGUGCCGAUGGACGCAAAUGAUGGAGCAAAUUCUUUGAUGAAGCAAAUUCUCAAGAAGAAGAACAAAGAAAGCAUGGAGAGUACGAGGAAAAAGGGAAAGCAGAAAGCGGAUGAUGCGUCAAAUGAGCGAGGAUUGACGAGGAAAGGACGGGAAAAUCGAGGAAUUGGUGGUGGAGGAGGAUUCGAUGAUUUGGCGUUGUCGAACGCGAUUGACGCCGUCACGAAGUACAUCGAAACAGAAACACAGCCGAAUAUCAGAAAGUUUUCGGUGGCGUAUCGAGAGAUCGCGAAAACGAAAAGGGAAUAUCAUGUUCGUUUGGGUUUU